UGCAAGACGCGUCCCGGACGAGGUGGCAUUCAGAUCACGGACACGACAACGCCUUUGUGCCGCAUGUACAGCACGAUUCUUUAACAAAAUCGCAGCAAAAUAAUCAUGUUAGUGCUGAAAAGGGACAUCGGAGCCAGCGUGUAAGUUCUCGUGUGAGUAAACCUGUUCGUUCUGCAGAAUGCAUGCGAAUAUACAGCCGGGAGCACUGUUUUAUCGCCUGUGAGAACGCGGACCAUGUGCGUGCAUGUCGAGUGGCGUAUAAAAUCAAUCUACAUAGCCUGACGCUGUUGGAGUUUUUUAACGAGCGGUGGUAGGAUCUAGUUGGAGAACUAUCGUUAUUUAUCUUCAGGGCAUCUUCUUGCAUCGUACGUACCUAGCUAGCUAGAGAUAGAGCAGCGCACAACCCUAUUGCGUACAUAAUUGCGUCAUACGUAGCGCUGCGAACGGCGCUCUCUGCUCCAGCCCGAGUCAAGAGCUCUUUUCUUCUGCAUGCAGAUAUCUGACGACUCUCCGUCCGCUCGACGGUGGGCACUUCCAGAUGGAGGCUGGAGUAGGAUUAGAAGACGGGGUCCUGGCCCAGCCGAAUGGGUGCCGCUCAGCUGCAAAUGAAGUAGUCUCCGAUGACGGGCCACGAGCCAAGGGCCCGGGGAACGCCGGCAGCGGAAUAUCGUUCAGCAAAGAGCUCAUCUCCUUCUCACUCUACGGAAAGAUUCCCAGAAAGAGCAAGAGGCCUUGGAACGAAUCGCUCAGCUCCAAGAUUGCUGAAGUCCAGGAGUCCUUCAAGAACAUUCCAUCCAUGCUGUACUUCUCUCCAUCCUCAGUAACCUUUGACGGAAUUGGAGUCUAUGUGGCGGAAACUCUCCCUAAAGGUACGAUGUUGGGCCCCUACUUUGGGAAGACUGUGCACAAGGAAGCGACUGAAGAGACACACGAAUGGCUGUGGGAGGUAUACCAAGAUUCCUCGCUGGCCUAUUUUAUCGAUGCGAGCGACCCAAAAUACGGCAAUUGGAUGAACUUCAUCCAGUGUGCACGCAACCAGCAGGAGCAGAAUCUGAAGGCACUGCAGUACAGCGGGUGUCUCUACUUCGAGAGUGUUCGCGACGUGACGGUUGGCGAGGAACUGCUGGUGUGGUACGACGAGAUGCAGUAUGAGAUCUAUAUGGGGAUACCGGUCGGAUACCGGGGGAAGCCCAUAGCUACCGGCGGGCCCAGCAGUCGCUCCUCAUCUACAACAGAGAGCUACCCUGGCUCCCGGCCAUCUUCAGAGAACAGUGAAGACAUCUUCAUCUCUUCCUGUCCGGCGAUAGGCACGGCGGUGCACGGCCCCGCUUCGGGCAGCGGACACUCUGACACAAGCAGCGCCAGUACUGACGACAGCGGAAUCAGCGUCAGCUUUGAGCACGCCGCUCACAACCCCACCUCGGGGACCGGGACCGUCGUAGGUGCCGUGGGGGGAAACCUGGGGUCAGGGAACACCCCGAUGGACACAAGUUACUCUUCUUUCUCGUCGACUGCAGCGGACAACGGAGGUGUUUUUCACGGUCUCCCCGGUAACCACUCGGAGUCGUCCGUCUACAUACCUGCUCAGUCUCACCUGAGGUCCAGCGAGUCGCUCACCUCUCUCUCUCAGCCCACCCCCAUACAGCUGCCUGUGUUUGUGGCCACGGACACAAUUCAUCAGAAGGUGUCAGACCUAAAGGUAGCGGCCGCAGUGGGCACCACUCGACCAAGAUUUGGUCUCGGUCCGGUAUCGCUGUUACCUUCGACUGCAGUGGCAGGGGGGAGGGUAGAGUGUGGUAAGGAGAGCAGUGGGGCUAGUUGGACUCAGAUCCCGAGUGGUGGUGGGUACAGCAUCUUGUCUCCAGGGGUCUCUGGAAAACAGCUCUCGACUCAGUUGGGGUCGAGGGAAGGAGGAGGAGGAGGAGGACUGGUGCUGUGGUCUACUGGAACCAACUCGCCCACCACUUCCACGCCACUGACAGUGAACAACGCCAGUGGAGGAGGAGGGGGAAGGGGGGAGAAACAAACGCUGCUCUACGGGAUGUUCGUGAGGACGGACGACGGUACGCGGUGGCAGUGUGUUGAGUGUAAGAGACUGUUUAGCUCACAGGGGAGCCUCAGGGCGCACGCACGUAUCCACACCGGCGAGCGGCCUUAUCAGUGUCAGUACUGCUUCCGAACGUUCUGCCAGGCGUCAACGCUACGGAGUCACGAGAGACUUCACACGGGCGAAAAACCGUAUAAAUGUGAGCACUGCGGCAGAGCGUUUACGCAGUCGGCCGGACUCCGUUCGCACCUCAAGACCCAUCGCUACGACUCCUAGCAGAAGAAGAUUCUCACGUUUUCACUCUCUCUCCCACCCUCCCUCCCCUUCACCCUAACACCUGCACAAAUACCCACUAAUCUUCGUUUUAACUCAAUCGCAGAAUAAAGCAAUUGUCAGCAAAGUGCGCACAACAUCCCGUUUUAACUGCAAAAACGCAACGCCUCAAAUCCGCAGUUUUUUUCCAAACAGCCAACUUCAAGUCCGACACCUCAUGAAGUGUAUAAAUAGAACACUACGCAACCCUGAGACGUAUGUAAUAUUGAAAAUGGUCGUUUGUGGUCUGAGUCCAUAUGUAUGUUUGAUCCACAAAAAUUGCUCUUUUUCACUUUCGAUUUCAACAUGUUUCACAGGUAGCAAACAUUUUUUUUAAUGCCAUUUCAACAUCAUCAUCAACACUGUAAUCGUCAUUUGCCACUUUCUCGUAAUUUUAAAAAAUCAGGUAUACAAUUAUCCUUCAUCAUGUGUGUUAUAAUUAUUGGCAAUAUGUAA